UCUUCCUAUAUAAACUUGGGUUACACAUCAGUUGGGUCUCCAUAUUGCAUACAGCUCUAGCUCUCUCCUCUCUCUUCUAGUUUCUAUUGAAGAGCUGGUAAUUGAAAGAUCACUGUACGUAUCAUGGCUAUGGUGGCGGACUUUGUACUAGAGAAAGCAUUCGGAGCACUGUAUGCUGGCGUUGAAGACCUGAUCAUCAAGAAUUUCAUUUUUAAGUCUCUCUUCAACAAAGUAAAAUCCAGGCUCGAUGAUUGGGCACCACUGAUUAAGGAGAUGGCCCAAUACACCCAGAAAAUGGAUCGCCCAGAGAAGGAUCUGGAAGCUUUAAAGGGAGUCAUGCAGACGGGCCAAGAGCUCGUCAACGAGUGCUCAAAGAUUACGCGAUGGAGCCCCUUCAAAAAGUACAAGUACGCCAAGAAACUUCAGGAAUGGCAGGAAUCUCUUCAAAGCCCGUUGGACAGACUGAAACUGCAAGACACAAUGAAUAUAAUGGAGAUCAGGGUCGUGGUUGAUGAAAUGCAACGUGACAUGCUGAAACAACAAUCUGCAGAAAGUUCAAGUAGUACACGACUUGAACUUCCACCGCUUCCAAAGCUUAUAGUUGGACUGGAUGGUCCUUUGAAUGAUUUGAAGGAAAAGCUUCUUGCGGAUGAUGGGGUGUCGAGGCUUGUGCUCACUGCUCCUGGAGGCUGUGGGAAAACCACUCUCGCCACAAUGUUUUGUGAAGAUGAAGAGGUCAAAGGUAUAUUCAAGAAAAAUAUUAUCUUCAUCACUGUUUCACAAAAAGGCAAUUUAGAACUUGUUGUGAAGCGACUUUGUGAAUACUUGACGAGUGUGAGGUCUCCGGUUCCUACUUUCCAAAACAAAGUACAUAUGCUUCAAUGGAUGCAAACAUUUUUCAAGUCUUCCCAAAAUCCUUUGCUAUUGGUCCUCGAUGAUAUUUGGUCCGGAUCAGAAUCCAUUCUUCAUAGCUUUCAAUUUGAAUUGUCCAAUUACAAGAUUUUAGUAACAUCAAGAUCUGAAUUUCCAAAUUUUGGUUCUUCAUAUCAUUUAAAAUUAUUGGAUGAUGACAAAGCUAUGGAACUUUUUUAUCACUCAACAUCAUUGGGAGAUAAGUGCUCUCCUGAUCAAGAAGAACUCUCAAGAAAGAUAGUAAAGCGUUGCAACGGAUUUCCACUAGCUAUUACAGUGGUUGGCAGAUCACUUUCUGGGAAACCUAUAGAGAUCUGGAGACAGAGAGAAUCUGAAUGGUCUAAAGAUUCUUCAAUUCUAGAUUCUGAUCCUGAGACGGAAUUGUUUCUUUGUCUCCAAAGCAGCUUAGAUGCUCUGGAUAAAAGACUUGCAAUUGUCAAAGAUUGUUACUUGGACCUGGGAUCUUUUCCUGAAGACAAAGAAAUCCGAGUUGAUGACCUCAUUGAUAUGUGGGCGGAGUUAUAUGAUAUAGACGAUGACAGUGUGUGCUUUGCAAAUAUCUAUGAACUUGCCAAUCGAAAUCUGGCUAAUCUGGUUGACAAAAGGGACAGCUAUAUGAAGAUGGAGGGGGACGAUUUCUACGGUGAACGGUUUGUCACCCAACAUGAUUUGCUUAGAGAGCUAGCUAUUUACAAUGCUAAGCUAGACCCGGUAGAGCAAAGACAAAGAAUGAACAUAGAAAUAAGGGGAAACAAAAUCCCCAAGUGGUGGAGAGAACAAAAAUGUCACCCUAUCAAGGCUCGCUUGUUAUCUAUUACUACAACUACUGACUUCGAUAUGGAAUGGCCCAACUUGCAACUACCAGAAGCAGAAGUUUUUGUCUUGCAUUUUCAGAGCCCAAGUAGUUACAGCUUGCCCGCGUUUGUACAGAAAAUGGAUAAAUUGAAGGUACUGGUAAUAGACGGCGCUGAGGAAUUAAUAAAUUUUGAACUACUCGGUUUGUUACCAAAUCUAAAGAGAAUCAGUUUAAUUCGUCUCCAAAUUGGUUUCUUGACCCACAAGCCCAUACAACUGAAAAGUCUAAAGAAGAUAUCUUUCGCGUCAUGUGGCGCGGAGGGUAUCGACGAAGGUUUUUUCAGAAUGUCGGAUGCAUUUCCGAAUUUGGAGGAAUUAUACAUUCAGUUCGGAGUAAGGCUGGUUUCUGAUUUCUUCCAACAGUUAAACGGUAGAGAAUUUGUUUUGGAGUGCUGCAAUCUGAUUCAUUUAAAGAAGAUUAGUAUCGUCAGAGGUACUGGGCUAGAUCACUUGCCCGAAGAAAUCGGAAAUUUGGUCAACUUAGAAGUACUGAGGCUAAGGUCUUGUUUGUAUCUUUCAAAGCUUCCCAGUUCCAUCAGCAACCUCAAAAAGUUAAACUUCCUUGACAUAUAUGGAUGCUGGAGCAUUGAGUUGCCUAAAAACAUUGGUGAAUUGAGCAGUUUAAGAAAGUUGGACAUGAGGUGUUGCGACGAAGUGAAAGAGCUGCCUCCAUCAGUUUCGGAUCUUCAUCAGUUAGAGGAAGUGAUAUGCAACCGUGAAGACCAAGGCAGUUUAUGGGAACCCUUUCGACCCACUCUCACAAACCUGCGCGUGGUGGUGAUUCCUCGAACCCAACCAAAUUGGUUGGAAACUUUCAGCGACGGUUGGAGCAGCUAGCGUUUCUGGUAUUUGCAUUGAAUUAUCAUUUUCAUUUCUUGUUUCUUUGACAAGCAAUUUCUUCUUUUUUUUUUUUUUUUUUUUGUAGAUGAUUUUUUAUUGCUGAAUAUGUCAUGAGAUAAUACAUAUUGAAAACAAUGUGGCUAGCUACCUUCUUUGAAACAUUUACCACAUCAGUUUAGUUUCUGGGCACUCAAGUUUCAUGUGUAAAAUAGGUCGGCAUCUACUACUACAAUUAUAAGCAAUUGUCACAUACACUAUUAACAAAUUUGGGCCAAA